AUGGCCCCUAUCCCCCGGGCUGAUCUGGUCGACAUGGACAACCCGUCCUCUGAUGUGGGUGAUAGUCAGGAUUCCCCCAUGCGUCGUCAGUUCUCUGAACCUUUCCGCCCUCAAUCUACUUCUACUCAAAUCUCCCAAUCCCCCGACCCCCGCCCAAUGAUGUUCAAAUGCGACUGGUGCGGGAAGCUUAUUGAGCUCCCAAAUGAUGAGAGCCUGGAAGAAGAGGUGAUCCUUGCUCACGGUCUUGCCAACCACCCCGACCACCUGUUUGGUCAAACGGGGUAUGAUGAGGUCGAAGACGGCACCUUCGACGAGCAAGAUGAGCUGAACCUCAAUGAGGAGGACGGCGAAGAUGACCAAGACGCCGAAAUCGAAGGCGCUGAAGAAGAAGAAGAAGAAGAAGAAGAAGAAGAAGAUGCUGAAGUCGACGCUGAGAUCGACGAUGAAGCCACUGCCGAAGCUGAGGAAGCCGAGGCUGAACUCGAGGCUGAUGCCUUCGAUGAUGUCACUCCUCGUGACGAAGGCGAGCCCCACGACGCCGAAGUUGGCGAGGACGAGCUGGCAGAGCCAGUGACUGCUGCUCCAUCUGUCAAUGGCAAUCAAAAUGAUGCAGGACUGGGAACCAACAACGCCAAGGCCACGAAGCCCAUCCUCAAACUCACCUCCGACAAACACAAGGACCCCGCCUCUGCGCGACAGGAAGGCUUGGAUCGACUCAUCAACAAGCUGUCUAACCCCCGCAGCAACUUCCCCGAAGAAUACCGCCAGCGUGUUGCCCAAUGGCAAGAAGCAGAGAUGGAGACUCGCCUCCCCAAGAUCUGGGCCCUGCAUGACGUGGAAAAGUUCUCCCCUGGCUACCAACAAGAACGGGCCAAGGUGGAUACCACCUGGCAGUACACCUUCCAUGGCUCCAAGUCCAAGAAGCGCGAUGCACCGGAGCCAUUGAUCCGCCCUGACCCUUACAAGAAGACCAAGGUCGACCGGGGUCAGUAUCUCGAGCUCAACCCACUCGAUGAUCUCGUUGAGAUGUUGAAGAAGCCUGAUCAACUCUCAUAUGAAGAGCUCUACGCAGCCACCGAGGCAGCCGCCUUCGCGAUGAAGGUCUGGCAGGACGAAUACGUUGCCCUCGACAAGCUCUACUUGCGGGCCCACCGUCACAUCCGCGCUCCAAUCACUGAAGAUGCCAAGCGCGAGUUCUUGCAGGGUGGCAAGAGAAAGAGCGGCCUUCCCAUGAGCCGAGUUGCAGAGCCUGACCUUGACUUCGAAGACAAGAAGGAGGCCAUGCUGUACGGCUAUCGGUACAAUCCCUUCCAGCUCAACACUGCUACGGCGGUUAGUCGCGUGCCCCAAAACCCAUUCGUCCAGGGUGGCUUUGUGCCAACCCCUGCACAGGGACGAAAGAUGACCUCCAAGGUUCCACCGGGCGAGCGCAACCCCGAUGAUUGGACCCCCAUUAUUCGCGAUGGUGUCGAGCUGGUGCCGAAGCUGUGGGAAGAGCCGCAGGCCCCGGUUCAGGCCAAGGUGACGCGCAAGCGCAAGGCAGCUGCACUGGAGACGACCCUGAAGACCGACACGGAGGAGACACAACAAGAAUCUCCUGAUGCGGAUGAGACCGAAGAAGAAGCCCACCCGCCAAAGCGUCGCGCCCGAGGAGGAGCCCGAGGUGGUCGCAGUACUGCCACCUUCGAGGCCUACCAGCCAGAGGAAGCCACUGUCUCUGUGCCUGCUCCUCGUGGUCGUGGUCGUGGUCGUGGGCGCGGUCGUGGCCGUGGUCGUGGUCGGGGUCGUGGUGCUGGACGGCAGCCCGUCGAAUCGCGUGCAUUUGCUGAUGCAGCCCAGACGAUCACCACACAUACUGUGACGUCUGGUCGUGGGCGCGGUCGUCGUGGCGCCAGCACGGUUGUGGCCACUGCCACAGGCCCUCCAGUUGCUCCUGCCUAUGCGGCCUCGGCAGAGGAGUCCACGCCCUCCUUCGUGGACAUCUCACCAAUGCCCGAGGUGCCCACGCCGGCCAAGCCUGCUCCGGUGAUCAAGAAGGAGACGCCCGUGGUGGAGGAUCCCGAGGAGGCCCGGCGGCAAAAGAUCCUCAACUCGAAAAACCCAAAGCGCACCAAGGCAAUGCUGGACCAUUGGGAGCGGUUCAACCGUGAAGGUCGAAUCCGCAAUCCCAAGCGGUCCAAGGCGCAGAUCGAGUCGGACAAGGUGGCAGAUGAAAGCCGCAAGACCAAAGAGGUUUCUGGACGCCGCCGUGGUUCGCCCUCGCUGGCACCACUCCCCGCGGGCAAUCUUGCCCCCAAAGCCCCCAUGGGGAUGCCCCCCAUGGUGGGUGUACCCCACCUGGCGCCGGGUCCUGGUCCUGGUCCAACCUUGCCAUCGCUGAGCUUGUACGGGGCUCCUAACCCGUACACUCAGCCGGUGGCAGGGCUGGGCCAGCCGAUGCCACAGUUCGCGCCAUUCCCAUACCCGGGAGGGUAUGGGAUGGGACCAAUGCCCGGGGGUCCGCCGCCGCCGCCGCCACCACCACCACCCCGCGACCCUCAUCACCGAGGUGUCUAA